CACACCAUCGUCGUAUAUGAAGUCUUAUUUCUAAAACAAAGUUUGAAAAAUGGCUUCACCUUCUACAAAAUUAAAGAUUGAGAUAAACGGAUAUCGUUUAAGUAAACUGUUGAUAAAUAAAGGAACACAAGCUUUGAAAACAACAUUGCAGUUUUAUAUAAAUUUUCGCUCGUCAAACCUAAGCGAUGAACUUAAUAAACCCUCAAAUAAAAGUACAUUGGAAUCAUUAAGAAAAAGAAGCGUCAUUAACAAAGAGCAAUGGAACCUUCUUUACCCAUCAACUGGCUCACCAGACAUUGAAAACUUUAAUAUUUCUUUAUUGUCUAUCUUAUUGCGUAACAUAUGUGGUCUAACAGCGCCACAUGGUAGAUGGGAUAAUCUUCCUUCCCAUUCAGAUACUUCAAUCUCAGCAAACAUUGCAAGAAUAAAGUUUUAUCGAAACAAAUUGUACUGUUACAUAACUAAAACUAGUGUAGAUGACAGUAAGUUUGAGGAUUUGUGGCAGGAAAUUUCUAAAACAUUGGUUGGUCUGGGUAUUCAACAAACUGAAAUAGAUGAAUUAAAGAAAGCUCCACUCACCACCGAUGAGGAAAUUUAUAUUGAAAUGUUAAAAGAAUGGUAUAAAAAAGAAGAGCAGUUAUUCGAUGUCACUGAAAAAAUCAAAGAAGAUGUGAAAGUAAUAAAAAGAAAUGUUGUAGAGUUGAAACAAGACAUGGCAACAAAAGUUACGAACGUAAAAAAAACAAAAGCUGAUGUAGCUGAAAUUACACAAGAGAUGGCAACAAAAGCUGAUGUAGCAGGAGUAAAAGACAUCUUGCAAGUCAAAACAUGUUCAGGUGUCGAAAAGCUUGAUAAGUGUAAUUUCAACGGUCUCAUAAAAGAUCUUAAUAAAAAAUACCUUGAAGGCACUAGACAAUGGUUAUUUGAAAAACUCGACAUUUGGUUUAAUGAUAGAAGUGAAGAUGCUUCUAAUGUCAUGAUUUUGAUUGCCGGUCCUGGAGUUGGUAAAAGUGUGUUUGCUGCUGAGGUGUGCCGACGAUAUUCUGAAAAGAAGAAACUUGCUGCUUCGCAUUUCUGCAGAUAUAAUCGAUCAGAUUAUAGAAAUCCUCGAAUUUUGAUAGAAUCAUUGUCUAGUAUCAUGUGUGAUACAAUAUCGAAUUUUAAAAGUAAACUGAAUGAAGAAUUACAGAGAAACAAUUCCUACAAAUCAGUCACCGAUGCAUUCCGUGUUUUAUUAAAUAAUCCAUUGCAUUCGUUAAAAGAUCAAAAACCAAUGCUUUUGGUUAUUGAUGCCUUAGAUGAAAGCCAAGUUGAUGGCAAAAGUGAAUUGUUGGAAUUGAUUGCAGAUGAAUUUGACCGACUGCCUAAAUGGAUUAAAAUCUUCGUCACCAGUCGUCCAGAACUUCCUGUUCAAAAAGAGUUUAAAGACAUGAAUCCUGUGGAAAUUACAACUCGUCCUCGUGAUGAAAACAACGAAGAAGACCUGCAAAACUAUUUGAGACAUGAGUUGAGUCAUCCGGCCCCAAAAAAUAGUGAUAGUGCCUCCCUGUCUAUAGUUAAAAAAUGGAAGGGCCUAUUUUUGAGACAUCAGUUGAAUCAUCGGGUGCAUGAAGAUCCCAACGUUCUAUCGUCAUUAGUUGAAAAAUGUGAGGGAUCAUUUCUUUAUGCGUAUUACGCACAACUGAGCUUGAAAGAAGAAAAUAUUGAGCUUACUUACGAAAACAUUCAAGAAUUGGUCCCUAGUGGGUUAAGCGGUGUUUACACAAAACAAUUCAAAAGAGUAAAACAAUUGUUAACGAAGGAAAGUCCCAGAAAUUCUGUUAUCUCAGAAACUACUUUCAUACAAUUUCUUGAAUUGUUGGCUGCCUGUCGGGAGUUUUUACCAUUAACUUUACUGUUUAGCUAUUUAGGUUUUUCUGGUGACAUCAAGUUUGAAGUCCGCAGUAAAAUCAUUGAACUGUUAUCUCAAAUUUUGCCAGUUUACGAUGAUUGCUUAACCGUGUAUCACAAAUCUUUAAGUAAUUGGUUGAAAUCAGAUGGUUACGAACAGCAUGAGUUUACAGUUGAUCCAAAAAAUGGUCAUAAGUUCUUAUGGCAUGCUUGUGAGAAAGUGUUUGAACAAAUGAAGUGUAUGAACAUUUCAGAAGAUCAGAUGAACACUGCUAUGAUUAAAUAUGCUUUGAAGAAUGGAGUCCACCAUAUGAUUGAAUGUGGCGAAAAGGUUGACUUUAGUUGGGCAGAAGAUGUCAAAGUGGUUGAUGCGAGGUUAAUGGUCGUAGAAGACAAAGACAUGCAUACCAUUAGGUCUGAAUUACCAUUAGAUGGUUCUAAACCAGCAGCACCAACACAGUCCCGUGUAUCUGAAACACCCCCUAUGGUCACUCCUUCUCAAUCAACAUCCUCCAGAGUCCUUAGUGAGCCUACUAACAAUGAUCCUAAGCAACCUCCCGCUUUACCAAUACAUACUCAAAGAACGCGGCCAGUUCUUUCAAGAACACCUCCAGAUCUUUCAAGAACAACCCUAGUUCCUCCAAAAACACCUCCAGAUCCUACAAAAACGCCCCUAGUUCUUCCAGAAACACCUCCAGAUCCUUCAAGAACCCCCUAGUUCCUCCAAGAACACCUCCACAUCCUAGAAAAACACCCCCAGAUCCUACAAAAACACCCCUAGUUCUUCCAAGAACACAAUCAGAUCCUUCAAGGAGACCAACAGAUCCUCCAAGAGCACCCUCAGA